AUGCCCUUACCUUUCAAGAAGGGUGAACCUGAUCUGCCUGACAAUCGGAAAGCUGCUAUGAGCCGACUUCACGGAUUGAAAAAUCAGUUCCUGAAGAGACCAAAGUACCAUGAACACUACAUGACUUUCAUGAAUCACUACAUGACUUUCAUGAAUGAGAUUCUUAAGCGAGGUGAUGCUGAGAAGAUUCCCACAGAUGAAGUGUCUACUUCAAGCAGUUGGUAUAUACCACAUCAUGGUGUAUAUCACCCUAAAAAGCCGAGCAAAGUCAGGGUCGUAUUCGACUGUAGUGCUCGAUACCAAGGAACCUGUCUGAAUGAUCAUCUUCUACAAGGGCCCGACCUGAUCAAUCCCCUUAUCGGAGUUCUGUAUAGAUUUCGCCAAGCACCUAUAGCCUUCACUUACGACGUAGAAAAGAUGUAUCACCAGUUCCGUGUGACGAAGGAACAUCAAGACUAUCUCCGUUUCCUGUGGUGGGAGAAUGGGGAUCUCUCUAAACCCCCAGUGGAUUAUCGAAUGAAGGUCCAUCUCUUUGGAGCCACUUCUUCUCCGGGAUGUGCAAACUUCGGGCUGAAGCAAAUAGCAGAAGACCACAAAGUCCUUGGUGUAGAAGCUGCAGAAUUUUUGAAGAGGAAUUUCUACGUCGAUGAUGGCCUAAAAUGUGUAUCCUCUGAAGAAGAUGCCAUUGACCUUAUCAAGAAGGCAGUGUCUAUGUGUGCCAAAGGUAACCUGCGUCUUCAUAAGUUUGUCUGCAACAAUCAACGAGUGACAAGCAGUAUCCCUGAAUCGGAACGAACUGUUGUUGCAAAGACUAGUCUGGAACUCGGUCAACAAGGCUCCACAUCAAUUGAAAGAGCACUUGGGAUACAAUGGUGCAUCAACUCAGAUGAAUUCUGUUUCAGACUAACCCUCAAAGAUCAUCCCCUGACAAGACGCGGGAUUCUUGCCACCGUUGCUUCCAUUUACGACCCACUCGGUUUGAUUGCACCUGUGGUUCUUGUUGGAAGACAGAUUGUCCAGGAAAUGUGUAGACAAAAGAUGGACUGGGACCAUCCCGUUCCUGAAGAUCUCCGUCCACAAUGGGAAAAGUGGAGACUUGAGAUUCUGAAACUUCCCAAAGUUACCAUCCCUCGUUGCUUCGAACCACAAGACUUUGGGACACCUCAGGAAGUGCAGCUCCACCACUUUUCAGACGCCUCCUUAUCAGGAUAUGGUCAGUGCUCCUACGUGCGUCUAAAGGAUGAAAAUGGCAAGGUCCACUGCUCCUUAGCCAUGGCAAAGGCAAGAGUGACUCCUCUAAAGCAAACAACAAUCCCAAGGUUAGAACUCCAGGCAGCUAUCUGCUCCGUAAGAAUUGCUAGUAUCCUAAAUGAUGAACUUGACUAUGAUUCUCUCACGCACCACUUCUGGACAGACUAG